AUGCCAAAGGCUUUCUCACAGCAGGCCAAAGGGGAUGGGGGCGCUGCGCACAGCAGCACGGCAGAGAGCCAAAGAAGAAAAAAAGAAAAACCCACGCACUCAUUUCACGCCGCCUCCAUACCAGCAAAACCACUCUCUCGCUCCCCUUCUCCCUCUGAUUCUCUGCCAUCACCAGACCUCCCUUCUCUCCAUCUCUCCCUUCCCUCAAUCUCCCUCAAACGCACCUCGCCUCCCCUUGCCGCCUCUUCCUGCUGCAACUCCGGCGAGUCACCAUCCUGCUCUUUAUCCCCUGCCGCACCACACCUCAGCCCCGUCGCUCACUCCCGUCGUCUCCGGCCACCAGCAGAAAAACGCAGCAGCCGCUCCAUCCUCCAGCCACCGCGCCAUUCCCAGAUCCAGUCCGGCGGCCCCUUGUGUCCCUGCAGCUCCGACGAACCUGCAAUUCCGGUCACCUUCUCCAGCAAGGCCGAGCAACCCUCUGCACAGCUGCAACCCCUCCUCCCGCUCCAUCUUCCAUCCAACCUCAUCUCUCCAUUCACGGCCACCAGCAGUCCUCAACAACUUGAAGCAGACCAGCCGGGCAGCUCUGCAACUCCAGCACCACGGCCACCAUCCUCUAUCCUGCUCAGCUCCACCCACGCAGCACUGCUGCUGCCUUCCGGCAACCCCCCCCUCUGGUUUUAUUUUUAUUUUUAUUGCCAAGAUAACGAAGGUAAUAAGAAUACUGAUGAAGAAGAAGCAGAAAAUGAAGAAGGUGAAGAAGGUGAAGAAGAGGAAGAAGAAGAAGAAGCUAAGAAUGAAGAAGAGGAAGAAGAAGAAGAAGAAGGCUCACAGCAAUCCAGAGGCAAAGGCAUUGCUGUAAAUAGUGACACAGAUUUUGAAACAUAGACUUUUGAUAUUGUUUUUUUUUUUUUUUUUUUUUUGUAUGCUUCACAUACUUUGGUUCUGGUUGUAGUUUACCUUUUUGUUGAUGUCAAAGGGGGAGUAUGGCGAGUGAGCAAAGUGUAAUGUCUAUGUGCUUAAUGUAAUGUUUAUGUGCUUAGUGUAAUGUAUGCAUUUGCUUAUGUAUUUUCUGUCAUGCUUAUGAAAUUUCAGUUCUGAAUUCUGAAACAUGUGCUUGUAUUUCAAGAUCUAUGAAGAGAAACA